AUGUCAUCCAUUUUCUGGCCAUGCGAUGUCGCAAAAAGCGGGUUCUGCUAUGGGUGGGAUCAUCCUACAUUGUGUGUCGCAGGUGUGCUAGAGGCCGAGGAGGACUCACAUGCAGAAGCUCUACUCCAGCGUGUCGCUCGUUCCGCAGAAACACAAGCCCUGAUUGAAAUUUGUGGGGCUCCACGAGUUCUCGGACGUUGUGUACUCAGUCCAUUCGCGAGGUCAUCAUACCCUCAACCGGAUGUCGACAUGUUCUGCGGUUCCUCACGGGCACACUCUACUACAUACAUAUACUACCAUCGUCAUGAUGUACAUUCUUUGCGGUUUUAUGCCUUGGACUCGGAUGGAACACGCCUUUUCGAGCUUCAGGAUGAGGUCUUGCGUUGGAGCUUGAAGCACGAUUUUUCGCAUACCACAUCAUUGCGAAGCGCGUCGAAUACAUGGCAGAUCCUCGUCAAUCAAUGGAACUCUGCAAAAUUUCUCGAGCAGUUCAUAGAGCACGAGCAGCGUGGUCAGACUAUUGACACCCAAGAGCACAGCGCUCGUUUUAAAGAGACCUCAAAUUUUACAGCCAAAUUUCAUUGUACAAUCGACGCAAUCGAAAGUUCGACGAAUCUUUUCUGGCGUGUCGCAUCCUUUGUCUUCGUCUACUCAAGAGAAUUUAGCAUCGCAGGUAUGCAUUGUAUUAUGUACCAGGAUCUAAUAUCCAGCUUGCACCAAGUCCAACAGAUUGAAUCUAGGGCGAGGAAGUUGCGUCGCUUGCUUCGAGGGGUGCAACCUGUUCCAAACGGGGACAUGAGACUGAAGUCCUCUCAGUACAUCGAAUUUUAUAACACCCUCUGGAUCAUUUUGAAUGAUCUUAUCAUUGGGAUUGCGCUUCGUCAAUUUUUACGGCAGGACCGUCAGGCUUUCCUGCACCUUUUCAAGCUUGUCUUCGAGGACAAGGCCGUGCAUGAAAUACGACAGAUCCUUCUGUGGCUCGACAGUUGGCCUGCAGGCCUUAAGCUGAACACCGAACUCAGCCGAUUCUAUUCGCACAGCUUUAUGGGACUGAUUGCACUUUGGAACAGAGGUUUCCGAACCGUCAUACCACUCAUUCCCAUAUUAUUGGGUGCGCUGGAGCUGGGGAGUGCGUUUGGGGUGACGAUGGCGCUUGCCAUGGUGUGUGAUAUUAUCUGCGUCUUUAUGGCACAUGUACAACUGUGCUAUUUGGUCUCGGUGACUGUGUAUGGUCAUUUGUUACGCUUGGCGGCAUCGCUUUGGAAUCUUUUUCGAGGACGACGACAUAACGUGCUAAGGAAUCGGACGGAUCCUUGGGACUAUGAUGUCGACCAGCUACUUUUGGGGACUAUUCUCUUCACACUGAUUGCUUAUCUCUUUCCCACCGUUCUGGUGUACUAUAUUUUGUUCGCUACCAUGCGCGUGUCGAUUAUUCUAGUGUAUGCGAGUUUGGAGACGGCGCUUGCGUUUAUGAAUUAUUUUCCACUCUUUGCAUUAAUGCUUAGAGUUAAAGAUCCACGGCGAUCACCUGGUGGAAUUUAUAUGAGAGUGGAACUAACUAAUGGCGGACAUGGCGUAGAUGUUUUUGUCGAGAGCCACCCAUUGCCUUUUGCUGUCACUUUCAGCCAGUAUGUUGAACUAUGGAAGCGAUUGGCAAUGCAUUAUCAUCCAUUUCGUCUCGUGUGGUAUGUUGUGUCAGGUCGAGUUCUCGAUACCAUCCCAAGAACAUAUGCCUGUAGCACUACCAGAUAAUAUAAGCCAAAUUUUUGAAAUAUGAAA